UCUAUAAGGAUGGCAACACUUGCUCAUGGUGCGACAGGCAAAGUCUUAGCUUGAGCAAGCUAUUCAGAGCUAGAGCAGCAUCUGCCAUGGCGUUUGCAGUGUCAGAUGAACUACUGGGCACGUUCGUCCCCAUCGCCGUGUACUGGAUCUACUCUGGAAUCUAUGUCUUGCUGGGUGAUCUAGAGAAGUAUCGGCUGCACACCAAGGCCGAGGAGAACGUGAAGAACAUCGUCUCCAAAUCGACCGUCAUCAAAGGCGUCCUGGUUCAGCAGGCUUUCCAGAUCUCUGUUUCCCUUCUCCUCUUCGCUGUCAUAAGCGACGGCAGCGGGAUCGCCAAGCCACAACCCUCCUUCCUCGCCAUCAUCGUCCAAUUCCUGGUCGCCAUGUUCGUGCUCGAUACAUGGCAGUACUUCAUGCACAGGUACAUGCACAUCAACAAGUUCCUGUACAAGCACAUCCACUCCAAGCACCACACUCUCGUCGUCCCCUACGCCUUCGGAGCGCUCUUCAACCAUCCACUGGAAGGCCUUCUGCUGGACACCGUCGGCGGAGCUCUCGCCUUCCUCGUCUCAGGCAUGACACCCCGAACAGGCAUCUUCUUCUUCUCCUUCGCCACCAUCAAGACCGUCGACGACCACUGCGGGCUGUGGCUGCCGGGGAACCCUCUCCAUGCGCUCUUCAGCAACAACAGCGCUUACCAUGACGUCCACCACCAACUCUAUGGCAGCAAGUACAACUUCUCGCAGCCGUUCUUCGUUAUGUGGGACAGGAUUCUGGGCACCUACAUGCCCUACUCGCUCGAGAAGAGGAAGGAGGGAGGGUUGGAAGCUCGACCAAUCAAACACAAGAGCUGAGAAAUUGUUUCUUGUUUUCUCACAACAGACGGCAAAUAAUCGAUGUUUCUUAUGAUACUUUAGUUGAAUUCCCAAUCACAUUGUAAUACGCUUACAAUUGCUCACAGAAAUUUUCUCUCUUUUGGUCUUAUAUUGAUCUCAAUCAGCCGCCCAUGCGAGACUAAGAACCGCAGCAGCGUUGUGGCUGCCAUUGAUUCAAGCUGAAUCAUCUGCCACAUUGUCCCGUACGUGGCGUAAUUCUACUGGUCAACCUCAUUGUGGAUACCACUAAAGAGUUGGUGCGCACCGCAGUAUCAGUGUUAUGAUUGGUUGUUUCCGAAGAACCGUAACCUGAGUCGUUCGCGGAAUCGACUCGUCGAAAGCAACGGCCGCGGGGACGAACGGAUCGGGUCGCGUUUACCAACAUCCGCACCCGCGACUAUCUCCGAUUACCUUCACCUUGCGUAGUCUAACCUCCGACCGUCUCCCGCUAAAUCUUUUGUCCUGUUUCACCCUCUCGGAUGUUUAAAUCGAGGUAAAUUUAGGGAGGGUGACGAGAUCUUACAAUUUAGACGGCCACACUGCCGAUUUCUCUUUAGGUCUCGAGGCCCGCCGGUGACUCUCUCUCUCUCUCUCUCCUUCGACGCUUUCGGAAUCGGGGUUAGGGUUUUAGUGGGGUGAGUCCAUGGACUUGGGGAGCGGCAGAGGAGCAUAAGUCGGAGGUGGAGGAGGAGGCCUCCGAUCACAUCGAUGGCGAGCUCGUGCUCUCCAUCGAGAUGGUAACGAGCUUUCCAUUCUCCUUUGCUUUCGGACAUGAUUUUGUUUUACUACUUGAUCCAAAGAUUCUAUCGCAUUUCGCUUAAUCUAAUGGUGUUAGCAUAAGACUGCUGGAAACCUGAGCUGAUUCUUCUUGAUUGUGGAUGGAAGUCGUCGGUUCGUUAAUGGAAAGUGUUAUUCUUUGUCGUCUCGUUUGUUCUAUCGUCUUCUAUCUUGACAGACAUAUUCCUUCUUUGACAAUGGGACAACUACCAUAAUUGGUACAAUAACAAAGUGGAAGGAGGGAGUGAAUAUUGCAAGUGGUGUUGCUCACAAAAAAAGGAAGGGGGUAAGAGACCCUUAGCUGUAGAAAGGUGGCUGGGAUUAUAAAAGAAAAUUUAUGAUCUGAUCCCUUGAAAUGCUUCAACGAUGGGAAAGAAAGACAAACCAUGCAAUGGCUAGCCACAUUUGUUGGUGCAGGAAGCUGAUGAGGAAGAUUUUGAUGUAGAUGAAAAUGAUGAGGUAGUUCUCCCUCCUGUGAACCAUGAAGAAGAAGAGAACGUGAAGUCUCAGAACUCUCAUCAGCUCAUAAAUCAGACCAUUUGGUGCACAUCCAGGUCAUGUCUCUCCUCCAUGCCCCAAACUCGUCCUCUUCACACCUCGUACAUCGUGCGUACGGCCAACCGAUCCAUGAAGGGCGUCACCGAUCGAUUCAUUGAUGCAGAGACAAGCCGACCGUGACACAGAGAAAGCGCACCAGCAUCGUCACCGUGACGACCCAUGGCACAGCCUGCUGUACAUUGUACUUCGUUCGAAGUAUUCUGAGGUCUUGCUGUUCAAACGUACGGGGCUGCAAAGUCAGAGAUGACACCAUCCACCGUACCAUGUGGAUCUACCAGAAGACAUUCCAUGGAAAAAGAUGUCUUUCUAUGUACCAUUAGAAUGAACAGAAUCAUGGAAGCUACUUUGUGCUCUCUUUUUCUUGGCUUACUUAGGAUGGUCAAAUGGCCUACUCAAGACUGCUUUGUGCUCUCGUUGGGGGCAAAAGAUAGCAUUUAGAGUUCCCGAUUAGAAGGGGUUUCUGAUGCUAGACAUCAAAUGCGAGCUGAUGAAGGUAUUUGUGUGUCUUCCAGGAACAUGGUUUGUGCAUUUUUGCUAGUUAUUAGCCAGAUGUAAACUAAAUCAAGUGGAUCUUCUAAUCCUUCUUUACCAUGUAUUUCUAUUUCCACCAAUAAUCUUAAAGAUUUGAUUCCUAA